AUGCUUAAGAUCAUAUUAAAACCAAUAUAUUUGCUAGUUAGUCUAUUUUUCAUUUAAGCGACUGUUUUAUGGGUAUUUUGGGAGGAAGCUAUCCCUAACCCAACAAUGAAUUAAGAGAAAUAAGAUUAAAUUAGUAAUCCAUAUUUGAGUGAAAUGAAAUUUAAGGAUGACCUUUAAAAAAGCUAUUACGAGGAAUCUUGGUUCCCUAAAUAGACUGAAAAGGUAGCAUUGAUAGUCAUUUCUGACUUCGGCUUGAAUGAUUUGAUUUAUUGUAAGAAAGAUAAAGUUAAAUAAUGUGCAAACUUUAAUUUAAGUAGGAAUCCUUUCUAUUUUUUCAACAAUGAUAUGGAAGAAUUCUACAAAAAUGAAAAAGAAAAGACCUUAAUUACUUAAUUAAACUAAGACUUUCCUCUUCAUGAAGAAUACAAACUACAGUCUCUGUUAUCAGGAAACUACAUUGGCUUUAGAGACUAUUUAAAUAAUUCAUUUAGUCACUAAACAGACUUUGACUCAUUGCUCUUUUAAUCAAAAAAGUAAAAUAAAGGCUAAAGUUAUUUAAUCUCUGACUUUAAUGACAAGAUAGUUAAAAAUAUAAACUAAGAUCAUUAUAAUGACACAUAUUACAAACAAGAGGUACAUUCAAAAUAAGAGUUUCUUAAGCUGUAAAAAGAAGAAGGAUAAAAUUUUAUUUUUUAUUACCAAAGAAUUAAUGAAACUUUUCUGCACUUGUAAUAGCAUUUCAAAUAAGAAGAAUCUAACUCUGAUUAAAUAAUCUAUGACUAUUUUAAUUAAAGUGUUUCCUUAAUCCUUGAUUCUUUUAAUUAAUCUAAAUAGUUGAAUACUAAUAUAACUAUCCUUUCAGUAGGAUAAUUUGGAUUUAUAAAUUAGACAGAAAAUAUGGAAGUGAUUUAAAAUGCAUCAAAGGGCUUUAUUUUAGCUUAUGAUAAUAGAAAAUUUCUUGGCAAUUAGAUAAAGAGCGUAGUGUAAAAUAAUUAUUAGUACUAAGUUACUUCUUAUGACAUAUCUGCUACAAUAAGUGCACUUACUGGAUAGCCACUUACAAAGAAUAAUAUUGGCAUUAUGAUUCCUUAAUACUUCUUAGAUAUUCCAUAAAUUGAUAACUAUGUGCUAGCAAACAAUUUCUAUACAAACUUUAGGCAUGUUGAAGAUCUUUACAAUUCUAUGUAAAACAAAAAUAAAUAGUUUAGCUAUGAUGAAUUAGAUGGGAUAGAAUAAAUUACAUAACAGGUGAGAUUAAAUUAUAAGGAUUUAUUCAUAAACGAUAAAAUUAAUGAUAAAGAUUAGCUUUUCAAAUUUUUAAAAAGUGCAGUGAUUUAUAUUUAAGAAAUCAGGUCAGUAAUUAAAUAAGAAAUGAUAACUCCUGAUAUCGAUAUCCUUUAAAAUUGUUUUUACGUAGCCAUCCUUAAUUUAGCCAUUGUAAUAAUUGCGAUCAUUUUAAUAAAUUACUACUAAUAACAAAUCACAACUCAGAUUUAAUUCAAAAAUUUCAGCCCUUUGUAAAGUACGUUUAUGAUUGUUCUAUUAUUUUUACUAGCACUCUCUUCUGCUGUCUUUACUUAUAGGAAUUUUUCAAGCUUCGUCCUUUUAGCAUGUGGGACAUUUGGAAUAUUAAUUCUUUCUUAGCUAUUUUAUAUCAUAUAUAAUAAGCAAGAACCUUUCAUCAGUCAACUGAUCUACUUAUUGGUAAUUAUUAAAAAAUUAUGUAAAUAAAUUAAUUUUGAGAAAACAAUUGACUUUUUAGUAUUUCUUUCAGCUUUAUUUGUUGCUUCAUAUUCUCAAGUAUCUUAAGAAAAUAUGUCAAGCUAUAGUCUAUAUAUAAGGUAACUUCUCAUUGCUAUAAGUAUAAUUUAUGCUCUUUAUUUUGGUUUCUUAUUGUUCAAGAAAAAUGAUUUUAGCUCCACCAACAAGAAAAUAGAAAAAAAUAUAUUUAUAAGCAUCGCUCUCUUUAUAAUUAGUAUCUAUUUGCAGCAUGUUUUCAGUUAGAAAUAAUUAUUACUGUAGAAAUAUCACAUAAGUUAGAAUCUAUAAAUGAUAGGUUCAUCUAUUCUUCAUAUUGCUCUAUUCUUUUAUUUAGUAAUAAAAUAAAUUAAAAGUGUUAGCUCUGAGCAUUUAAAAAGAAUCCCUAAAAAUAUUUAUUUUAUUUUGCAAUCAAUACUUAUUCUGUUUUCUCUAGCUUAUUAUAUGUGCUUCAUCUCAGAAGAUUUCUCAAACGAGGAAUUAUCUAAUGGUUAUACGCUGCAGAGUCUUUUUGUGUUUUUGAUUUAUCUUACAUUUACAAUAUUGUGCUUAUAUUAAUUCUUUGUGAUUAAAGAAAAAAUUGGAAAAUUGUGGAAUUGUUCUUCCUUUUUGAUAAAUUUCGUAUUGUUCUCCAUAUCCAACUUAGAUAAAAGCUCAUUCCUCAUUGUUUAGCUUUUUUUCAUAGCCCUAAUAUCAUAUGGAAAUAUAGUUUAUAGCAGAUAGUAAAUUUGCUUUCACUCUAAAUAUUCUGUUCUCUUUUUGCUCUCUGUAUAUUUUUAUUUAUAAACAGGUCAUUCAUAUGAGUUGAAUGAUUUAUUUUAAAAAUUUCUUGUUUAAAGUAGCCCUUUCUAAUAAUCAACUGUGGGAUUUUAAAUCAGAGUACUGAUAAAUAUAGUUGCAGGAUUUAUAUAUGCAUGCUUAGUUCUUCCUUUUUUCUGCAUAACUGACACGAGUCUAAACUUUUUAACUAGCCAAGAUACGAGUUACUUUUAGAAAUCUUUCUUUUAAUUUAUGUUUGAUUGUUCAAUAAAACAAAGUGAGUAAAACUCUUUUUAAAUUAUUGAAAUGGAGCAAGCUAGUUUAGGAUAAGAUUCUACAAAAAAUGAAUAAAUAGAAUAAAUCAGUGACUCUCCAAAAAACAAAGCUUAAAUGACACAAAAUAAUAUACUUCAUUUAACUUUUUGUUCAUCUAAUCUGAAGUUUUAACUACCUAUCUUACUAUCUCUCUUAACAUUAGUAUUUUUCAGUAUUGACAAUCUUUAACAAACUUCAACAAUUACUCACUUCUUUCCUGGAAUUCUAUUUUACGGGCUAGUUUUUUUUUCUGUAACUCUCAUCAGCUUUCUAUAAUACCUCAUACUAAAAUACGAUGAAAUAUUAUUAAAAUAAUUUAAAGUCAAGUGA